UACUUUAUAAAUGAAGCGUGUGGAUGGUUGAGAAUGUAAGGAGUACUGUAUAUACUUCAGGCGCUCUCUGUUACAUCAGUUGAAUAAAGAUGAAUCCCGGGGGUCGCAGACUGAAGCAGUGGCUUAUAGAACAGGUCAACAGUAAUAUCUAUAAUGGACUGUUAUGGGAGGAUGAGAACCGAACCAUGUUCCGAAUCCCCUGGAAACAUGCAGGAAAACAGGACUACAACCAAGAAGUGGAUGCAUCCAUAUUCAAAGCGUGGGCGAUAUUUAAAGGGAAGUUUAAGGAGGGAGAUAAAGCUGAACCAGCGACUUGGAAGACCAGACUGCGCUGUGCACUCAACAAGAGCCCUGACUUUGAGGAAGUUACUGACCGAUCCCAGCUUGACAUCUCGGAGCCUUACAAAGUGUACCGGAUAGUUCCAGAGGAAGAACAGAAGUUGGGUAAAAGUUCCAUUACUGCCAUGUCCUGCUGCAGUACUGACAUCAGUGACAUGGACUGCUCACCAGAUCUGGAUGAACUGAUCAAAGAGCCCUCUAAUGAUGAAUACAUGGGCAUCCUCAAGCGCAGUCAUUCUCCUCUGGAUGAGGGCAGUAACGUGCUGCCAGGGCAGGAAUUGUGGCAGCAGGGACUUCACAAUGCUGCUGUUGUUCAUCAGGAUCUAUCUCCUGCAGCAUUCUCUCAGUUGAUGAUCUGCUUCUAUUAUGGAGGCCGUCUGGUGGGCAGCACAGUCACCACUCACCCGGAGGGCUGCCGUAUCUCGCCCUGCCCGCUCCCUGUGACUAAUGGCCUGUUAUACGGGCCGGACAGCCUCCAGAACAUCCGCUUCCCAUCGGUGGACUCCAUAGAACACGAGCGGCAGCGUCACGUCACCCGAAAGCUCUUUAGUCACCUGGAGCGUGGUGUACUGCUGCGUGCCAACAGAGAUGGCAUCUUCAUCAAGCGUCUGUGCCAGAGCAGAGUGUUCUGGAGCGGCCAGGACUCACAGUACAACCCAAACCCUUGCAAACUGGAGCGAGACGCGGUGGUGAAGAUCUUUGACCCUGCCAGGUUUCUGGAAGCUCUACAGGUAUAUCAGGAGGGUCAUUAUCAGGCCCCGGACCCCACCGUCACACUCUGCUUUGGGGAAGAGUUCAAUGAUUUCAGCACUGUCAAGAGCAAAUUAAUCAUUGUGCAGAUCACAGCAUUGAACUAUCAGCAGCUGGUGGAUGCGGUGACCGCUCGCAGAUCGCAGUGUAGUGGUGGGAAUGUGGAGAUCUCUGAUGAGACGGCCAAUGAUCAAGUGGCUCUAAUAUAUCAGGAUCUGUGCAGCUACACUCUUCCCCAGCGAGCUUCCUGUUUCAGGGACAACCUGCCCAUUCCAGUGUGAAGCAGAACUCUGAACUAUCCAAUUACUGACCCCAAAUGUUGUUUUUACAAUGUCAUGAUGUAAAGAAAUGUGUAUUAAACACAAGAUUUAAUGUUUAGGGAUGUUAGCUGUGUGUUGCAUUCCAUUCUCUCAGGGCUCAAAAUAUUAUCUGACGAAGUUUGAAAUGUUCUCAGGGAUAACAUUCUCCUUUAUUAAAUAAGUGUAUUUCUUUUUUCUUUUUUUCUUUCUUUUUUUUAAUAGUUUAAUAUUUUAGAAAGUUAUUUUAAAAAAAAUUGCUUUUUAAUUUGAUCCUCUGUUAUUUUCUUUUAUUAUAAUGCACUGUAAAGUUGAUAGGUUUUACUAUCCUUAAUUUUUGUAUUGUUAUUUUUUGAAAGCUAAUUUUUCUUUUUACUCUGAUAUUAUUCUUCAGAAAUGUUAUUUUAAAUCAUAUGAAAGAUUAGGAUAAUCAGAAACAAAUAAAAAAAUAAAAUGAAUCUUUUUUUUUUUUUUUCGUCUUUGAUUUUAUAAUUGGUUGUCUGGCUGUAGUUUUUGGUCCUCUGAGAAGGGCGGCUAAUAUUUUUUAUAAAAGGAAAAAGCUUGCGCCUGUGUGAAUAUGUGCAUUUGUAAAAAAAAUUGACAGUAGGGAUGGCAGUCCAAAUAUAAAAUAUUAUAAUUGUGUACUACUCUACUUGAGAAUGUAUUCUCUCAUUUGAGGAUCCAUAUUUAAUCAAGUAGAAGAGUACAGCUAUUUACCACAGUAAGGACAAUAACUGUAAUCUGUUCAUGUCUACAUAAAGUACACAAACACACUAGCAGUUAGAGUGCACACACAUUUAUCUCUCUUUGUAAAUGUGCAGGCAGUUUAAAUUUUGUAUGUAACAAAAUAAUUUUCCAUACAGUGAUGUUGCAUCUUUAGAAAAUAAUAAUAAUAAAACUACUAAACUACUAUUUAUGCCAUAAAAAU